AUGUUUCAAUUGCUGACUCUUUUGUUUGUGGCUUUAGGUGUUAAUGCAGCUUAUGCUCCAAGAGGUGUGGAUAACUGCAACCGCUUAUCUAAAGGUGAUGAAAGCACCUUGUGUCGGGUGCGAAUGCUUGACGCUGAUGGAUCCAGUUUGGCAUCUGCACCCUCUGAAAAUACGAAACGAUUUACUGUCGAAUGUAAUCAGCUGCUUCUCUUUGAAAGUUAUCUCGAAGCAAACUAUUUUCAAAGGUUUUCAUCUCUCACUGAACUAACAAUACGGAACUGUAAACUGUUGAGGAUACCCGGUAACGCAUUUGAAAGCUUACGUGAACUCAAAAAACUAGCGAUAAGAUCUAGAAACUACGAUUGGAGUCCUAAUAAAAAUUUAGAACUCUCUCUUGGAACUUUUAAUUGUUUACGAGAGUUGCAAGUACUUGAUCUUGGUGAGAAUAAUCUGAAAAUAAUACCUCAAGAUGUAUUCUGCCCUUUGGAUAAUCUGCAAAUGUUGAAUCUUACUCAAAAUAAGAUUAAAAGCGUUGAUCGUCUUGGAUUUGGAAAAAACUGUGGGUCCGGUUUGCGGAGUCUAGAUCUAAGCCACAAUGAGCUCAAGUCCCUUUCCGAAGAGUCCGAAAUUACAGGAUUAAAACGUCUUCAAGAAUUAAGACUCCAAUAUAACAAUAUUACAGACAUUUCAGGGGAAACAUUUAAUGGGCUUAUUUCACUUCGAAUAUUAAAUGUUUCUUAUAAUAGCCUACAGUUUAUACCAGAGGGUACGUUUGCAAGCACGAAGGAGUUGCGAGAGGUGUAUUUAAAUAAUAACUUGUUAUUUGAACUAGCCAGAGGCGUGUUCCACCGAUUAGAACAGUUGCUUGUCUUAGAUUUAUCGAAUAAUCAACUCUCAAGCACUUAUGUCGACGGUGGUACAUUUAUUGGCCUUAUACGCUUAGUCAUACUGAAUUUAUCCAAUAAUGCAUUGACUAGGAUAGAUGGAAAGACAUUUAAAGAUUUAUUCUUUUUGCAGAUAUUAGAUUUAAGGAAUAACUCAAUAGGUUAUGUUGAGGAUAAUACUUUUCUUCCUUUAUAUAAUUUACAUACAUUAAAUUUAGCUGAAAAUCGCUUGCAUACUAUAGACGGGUUCCUAUUCAAUGGAUUGUUUGUACUUAGUAAAUUGAACCUGAAUAAUAAUUUGCUUAUAAAUAUAGAUCCGAAGGCGUUUAAAAAUUGUUCUGAUCUUAAAGAAUUAGAUUUAAGUUCAAAUCAAUUAACGGAAGUUCCAACUGCCAUCUGGGAAUUAUCUCUAUUGAAAACCAUAGAUCUUGGUGAAAAUCAAAUAACUGAUAUCAAGAACGGUUCUUUUAAAAAUUUAGAUCAAUUAACCGGUUUACGAUUAAUUGACAAUCAAAUUGGAAACCUUACAGUCGGUAUGUUUUUUGAUUUACCCAGCUUGCAGGUGUUAAACUUGGCCAAGAAUAAAGUCCAAGCCGUGGAAAGAGGCACUUUUGUAAAUAAUAAACAACUGGAAGCGAUCAGAUUAGAUGGUAAUUUCAUAUCAGAUAUAAAUGGAGUUUUUGCAACCUUACUUAGUUUAUUGUGGUUAAACUUAUCCGACAAUCACUUGGUUUGGUUUGAUUACGCUUUUAUACCUAGCAACCUUAAGUGGCUCGAUGUGCACGGAAACUUUAUUGAACACUUAGGUAAUUAUUAUAAACUACAGAAUGAAAUUCAUAUAAAAACAUUAGACGUCAGCCAUAAUCGAAUAAUAGAUAUUUCACCACUUGCAAUUCCAAAUAGUGUAGAGUUACUAUUUAUAAACAAUAACCACAUAAACAGUAUUCAAGUAAAUACGUUUAUGGAGAAACGUAAUCUCACUCGAGUUGAUAUCUACGCAAAUGAGAUAUCUCAUUUAGAUAUCAAUAGCCUCCGGUUGUCCCCAGUUCCCUUGAAUAAGUCGUUGCCUGAGUUCUACAUUGGAGGGAAUCCGUUUAACUGUGAUUGCUCUAUGGAAUGGUUGCCUUUGAUAAACAAUAUGACUGCGAUGAGACAACAUCCGAGAAUAAUGGACCUUGAGAAUGUGUUGUGCAAAAUGACACAUUCUAGAGGUGUAACCCAUAUUCCAUUAAGCAAUUUAAAGUCUACAGAUUUCCUAUGUACGUACGAGACGCAUUGUUUUACUCUGUGCCGCUGUUGUGAUUACGUAGCAUGUGAUUGCCAAAUGACCUGCCCCUAUAAUUGUUCUUGUUAUCAUGAUCCAACAUGGAAUAAGAACGUGGUGGACUGUUCAGGCCAACGUGCUGUAGAAAUACCAGAAAAAAUACCUAUGGACGCAACCGAGGUUUAUUUAGAUGGCAAUGAUUUAAAAGUAUUACAAAAUUAUGCAUUUAUUGGCCGAAAAAAUAUGAGAGUUUUAUAUGUUAAUUCAAGUGAAGUAGAAAAUAUACAAAAUAGAACAUUCGCCGGUUUAUCCUCUCUUAAUACGCUGCAUCUCGGUAACAAUAAAUUAACACAUUUAAAUGGCUAUGAAUUUGAACAUUUGACGCAGCUCAACGAACUUUUCCUACAAGACAAUUUUAUCAGCCAUAUAGCAAACACAACAUUUUUAACUUUGAACUCAUUAAAAAAUUUGAGGUUAGACGGCAAUAGGUUAAUUGAUUUUAGUGUUUGGACUCUAAACAUUAAUAAACAUCUAAAUUCACUCGCAUUAGGUAACAACAUGUGGUCGUGUAAAUGUCGAUAUUUACAAAAAUUUACUUCAUACAUAUCAGACAAUGCUGGUAAAGUUAUUGACAUUACUGAUGUGUGGUGUUGGAAUACUGAUCCAAAAUCUAAACAAAAGAAAGAGCUAAAUUUGAAUGGUACAAUUUGUAGCGACUACUAUGCUGGAGAUUCUGUUAUAGAUAAUAUGUUGGUUUCAAAUUACAUGCCUAUGAUGGUGACUACGCUCUCCGGAUUCAUGUUAAUUAUGCUAGUCAUCCUUGUGAUUUUCUUAUUCAGAGACACGAUUCGCAUAUGGCUUUAUACAAGCUGCGGUAUAAGAUUGUUUCCAUUUACUGGACCGUACGAUGACACUGAUAAAUUAUACGAUGCUUAUAUUUGCUACAGUCCAAAGGAUGAUGAUUUUGUUAUUCAAACUUUAGGCGCUGAAUUGGAAAAUGGAAGCCCCUCGUAUCAUCUUUGUUUACACUACAGAGAUAUACCCCAACAUAAUGUGGCAUACAUGCAAUGUACGUUACCUCUACCAGAGGCCGCAGAAGCAUCAAAACGCAUUAUAAUCGUCCUAACAAGAAACUUUAUAGAAACGGAGUGGUCACGUUUUGAAUUUCGCCAAGCGCUGUAUGAAAUCUUAAAGCCACGAAUUUAUACUUUAAUAGUAAUAGAGGAAAGUUCAGUUUUGCCUGAAGCUGAAUGUGAUCCUGAUUUAAGGCCGUAUUUAAAGACGAGUUCAAGGAUAAAAUGGGGCCAAAAAAAAUUCUGGGAAAAGCUGCGUUAUGCUAUGCCAGAUCAGAAAUACAAGUCUAAACCAGCCACUUUCAGAAAUAAUAUAAAUUCAUAUACAAUGCGAAGUGGUAUGCAAAAUGGGACAAUGAGAUCAUUUUCUUUCACUGAGAAAAUGAGAGGAUCAGCAGAUGGUGUAAGUACUACACCUGAAUUUGUUGAUAAUCGUCCACAACACAUUCAAACUGGUUCUUACGGGCCUGAUGGAAGGCCACCUUCAGAUCAUAUAUAUUCUUCUAUAGAUUCUGAUUAUUCAUCUUUAGAACUAGGUGCAAACAAUCCAAACAGAAGGCGAGAGUUCAGACAUUGGCCACCGCCGCCACCAUUAAUCGAUACUCAGUCUUCGGGUCAGGCCUACCUUGUCUAG